CAUUGAACAACCGGCCCUAUGACUUCUUCGCCAAUUGCUUUGACAAUCAGCUGGUCCAUCAAAUUAAGCUAUAGAAGAAUUGUAGGAGGAAGCUAAGGAUCAUUACUGUUUAAAAAGUUAACUUACGCCCUCAAAAUGUUAGUGCUUGUACUGGGAGACCUCCAUAUUCCGCAUCGUUGUGCUAGUUUACCAGCGAAAUUCAAGAAGUUACUGGUACCAGGACGUAUUCACCAUAUACUGUGCUCGGGUAAUCUUUGCACUAAAGAAACAUACGAUUAUUUGAAGACGCUGGCCAAUGAUGUUCAUAUAGUGCGUGGCGAAUUUGAUGAGAACUUGAGUUAUCCAGAACAGAAAGUAGUUACAGUUGGGCAGUUCCGCAUUGGAUUAUCACAUGGACAUCAGGUUGUGCCCCGUGGCGACCCGGAAGCGCUGGCUCUAAUUCAAAGACAAUUAGACGUGGAUAUAUUGAUUUCCGGUCACACCUACAAAUUUGAAGCUUAUGAGCAUGGUAACAAAUUUUACAUCAACCCUGGCUCUGCUACUGGUGCUUUCAACCCUCUGGAUGUAAACGUCAUACCGUCCUUCGUUCUGAUGGAUAUACAAAGUUCGACGGUUGUGACUUAUGUGUAUCAACUAAUUGGGGACGAAGUAAAAGUGGAGCGUAUUGAAUACAAAAAAAUUUAAUCGGGGCGAACUUAGCUUGGCCGAGUAUAUAGUAAAUAGAAGAGCAGCGGACACUCGCAUCGAAAGUGAUUUUGUAGAGCCGACAUACAUACAUACAUACUGAUACAUUUUAUUAAUUAUUUAUCAAUAAGCUCGGUACAUUCGCAUGUGCAGAUAUUAAGUCUUAAAAUAUAAGAACUCGAAAGAUUUUGUAUCAAUA